GUCCGUGGUCUGUGUGCGCACUUCUCCCCUCUACUGUCUCUACUGUCCCCCUCUCUCCUUCCCCUCCUGAGCCGAAUUAGCGGCCUAACGAGUGGAGCUAAGGGCUCUUGGCUUCCCAACCAUUGAAGGGGUAGGUUGUUCUCUUUUUGGACCUCCGGUCGAGGUCAUCCUCGACCGUCCAAAUUGAUUUCUCUACGUGGUAUUCAAUCUUAGAACAGCGAACUCUGCAAUCAUUCUGAUACAGGUGUUUUGGUUUUGAUGAAAACUUUUAAAUAAUCAGACAAAUAUGGCAUCCUCAGAUUUUAAUGGUGUUAAGGAUGGAAUGCAUCAUGGUAGAAUUCCAAAUAUUUCAACUGCAGAUAGUGUCAGCAGCUCGAAAUAUCAAGGAACCAUGGCUAAACUGUCCCAGAAAUUAAUAUGUAGGAACAGUUCCAGUGACUGUCCAGAGAACCCAUCUCAGUCGGAUUUAUUUUUGCCACUUCAGCUGCGUUCUCUUGGUGGCUCAUCAAGGCAAGCCCGUAGUAACUAUGAAAGUAAUUAUAAACAGCAUACAAAUAAGAAGAACAUAAACUGUCCAGUAAAGACUUUCUCACAUGCUUCAGCUAAUAAGGCAUUUCCCAUGAAAAGUCCAGGUAAAUUAGGGAAGUAUCAGGGUGUAAGACCAAAAACGUUUCCUUUGGAUGCAAAGUUGUCACAUAAUAAGAAACAUGCAAAAGCAACCACUGGAGGAGCUGGAGCCUGGCGCAGACAAGGAAGUGUGUGUGAAGGUGGUAGCAUCAGAGAACGAAGCCCUAACAGAGGUAUGUGUAGGAAUUCGAGAUAUCAAAGCUUGAACAGAGGAGCACAAGACAUAAAAUCUAGUUCCUCACAGAAAAAGAAUGUGAGAAAGGAAAUUGGAAAUAUUCCACAAAAUAUGUUAUGGAUGGUUGAUUUGUCUGAACUGAGUGGUCUAGAAAUUGUUGCCAAACUGGCCAACAGUCAUUAUGAUUUUCAGAAUAUAUUGAAAGACAGAGACAGAUUGAAGAGGAGGCCAGACCUUUUGGUUUUAAUUGUGAAGUUGCUGGCAAAAGUUUGUGAUUCAGAUUUCAGAGAAAAUAAAUCUUCUGUUCUUGCCCAGGCAUGUCAUCCAGAGUUCCUUGAUCAGCUUGCUGAUUUCAUGAGCGAUCUUCCACUUCAUGAUGACAAAAAUGCAUUCAAUGUUGAUGAUUUUCUCUUAAAUCUUCUAACAUUUAGUAAGGAAGUUAUGAACCUGUUACCAAAUACAGCAUCAGAAAGGUUCAGGAAAGUUUUCCUUUUUGUAGAUACAGCUAUAAGAGGAUUUGAAUUGUAUAAGAAAAUGUCUGUCAGAGAUGAUGUGAAGGAAUUGCAUCAUAUUCUUCAGUUACAACUGAAAGAAACUGUAGAAAAAACUGAUGAAAGAAAGUUGAAAGUAAGCAGCAGAUCAGAACUUUUGUCACUGCAGGCACCUCCAAAUGAUUUUCAUGAUAUUAAUUUGAUCCCAACAUCAGAAGAUAUUUUUUCUGGAAAAAAAGCAUUUGUGAGACCAAAUUUGGUUCUUGGAGCCUACACAAGUGUUGAUCAUUAUCUUGAUGUACAGUUCCGCCUACUCCAUGAAGACUUCUUGUGCCCCAUGAGAGAAAGCAUUGUAGAAUAUGUUCAAAAACUUGAAUCACAGAAGUUGCGAAAAGGAAAGCAAAUUACAAAUGUUAGGCUGUAUCACAAGGUAAUGUUCUUGUAUCCAAGAGUGGUGACGGACAGACUUGGAAUUGUAGUGAAUUUCGAUCCAGAAAGACGUUUGAAGAACGUGCAGUGGAGACACUCCAAGAGAUUCAUGUAUGGCUCUUUGCUAUGUUUCACUCAGGACAACUUCAGAAACAUGAUCUUUGCAACUGUUGUUGAGAGAGCGGAAAAGGAGUUGCAACAAGGUCAGCUUGUAGUUGAGCUUUGUGUUGGAUCACAGGUCCGUGAAGAUUUAUUCAGAACAGAGUAUACAAUGGCAGAGUCUGAGGUAUAUUUUGAGCCAUAUUUUCAGGUUCUUAAAGCUCUGAAGGAUAUGACAGAACAUGAGUUUCCAAUGAGGCGCUAUAUUGUUGAAGCACAAAGAGGUGGUCAGCCUCCAGCCUAUCUGAUGGCUGAUCCUCCAGUUCAGUAUACGAUAGAACCUGGAUUCAUUUUUCCAGUACUGUCACUUGAUUUGUGGCCCUCUGCGGAAGAACUUGGUCUAGAUGACUCUCAGUACCAAGCUUUCAGAUUUGCCUUGACCAAGGAAUUUGUUGUUAUUCAAGGCCCACCUGGGACUGGUAAGACUUACCUGGGAUUGAAAGUUGCUGGCACCCUGCUGGAGAACCUCGAAGUUUGGCGUGCACAGAGACAUCCUAUUUUGGUUGUGUGCUAUACUAACCAUGCUUUGGACCAGUUCCUUGAAGGAAUUCUUCAGUACACCACAAGGAUUAUACGAGUUGGUGGUCAGUCGAAGUGUGAAAAACUUAAUUCAUACAACCUGAAAGAAGUCAGACGAAAUUAUAAGAAGGAAAUGUACAGAAAUGCUGAUAAUGUGGAUGAAGAAGAAAUUUUCACACAUAUGAAAAACGCUAAUAAUCUUGGAAGGGAUAUUCAUGCUAGAAUGAAUCACAUGAUGAAGGGUAUCAAAAGGAUUCAGAUAGAUCUGGAAUUGUUGGAAAAGAAUGAUGGCAUCAUUUCACUAGAUGCCUUGUACUCACUGCGUGUGGUUAACUCCGAUUACUACAAUUCCUUCAGAGGUCAAGAUACGGAAGAGGUAUUUGUAGAAUGGCUGCUUUCACAGAAAGAGUACAAUGAUCCUAAUUUCAUUAUCCAUGUCACACAUGAUUAUAACAUGGCAAGUGAUGAGAAUAAUAUUGUUAAUGAGGAAGUAGAUGUCAUUGAAGAAGUCACUGGUAGAGCUACCCGGGAUAUGCAUGAAGGUUACGAUCUUGAUAUGAAAGAUGUCCAAGGAAUACUUACAUAUGCUGAUAGUCUGGGAAUGCUGAUGCAAAAGAAAAGAGAAUUGGAAAAAGAGAGGACUGCGUUGAUUGAAGAAGGAAGGAACAACUAUCAGGUACUUCAUUCAAAUAUGUGGCUUUGUGAGGGACGACUCUCAGAUGCAGUUCAUAAACUUGAACGAUUGAAACAGCGUUUGAAAGAGAAGAGGACUCCAAAUCAAACUGAAAUUCAAAAACUACUGCAACAAAGAGAUGUAUGGAGACUGAACUUCAAUGACCGAUGGGCAUUAUACUGGCACUGGAUAGCGCAGUUGAGAACACAGCUGCUUGAAAAAUUUCAAACUCAGGAAGAAAGAUUCAGGACUGAAGCAAAACAAUAUGAAGAAGUACGUCAUAUGAUUGAUUUGGAAGUCAUGAGGGACUCGUAUGUUGUUGGUAUGACAACAACUGGUGCAGCAAGGCUACGAACAUUGCUGCAAGUUCUGAAACCAAGAAUAGUGAUCAUUGAAGAAGCUGCUGAGGUGUUGGAAUCCCAUAUAAUUGUCUCUCUCACAAGCCAUUGCCAGCAUCUCAUACUUAUAGGUGACCAUCAGCAACUUCGACCUUCCACAUCUGUGUACAGACUGGCUAAAGAGUAUAACCUAGAUGUAUCACUGUUCGAGCGAAUGCUUAACAAUGAAAUGCACUGUGAAGUGCUCAAAGUACAGCACCGCAUGAGACCAGAGAUUGCCCGACUGAUUGUACCAGCAAUAUAUCCAGAAUUGCUGAAUCACAGAACUGUGACAGUGUUUGAAGAAAUACAUGGUGUUUCCAAGAGUUUGUUCUUCAUUCAUCACAGCUUCCCUGAUGAACAGGUUGCAGAUAGUUUCAGCCAUAAAAAUGUGCAUGAAGCAGAUUUCAUACUAGCUCUGUGCCGCCACCUGAUACUGCAGGGUUAUGAACCAGACACCAUUACAGUCCUGGCUACAUACACUGGCCAAAUGUUUUACAUGAAAAAAGCAAGCAAGAAGUAUGAACUGCUGCGGAACGUUCGUAUCACAGUUGUAGAUAACUUCCAAGGAGAAGAGAGUGAUAUAAUUCUACUCUCUCUGGUACGCAGCAAUGAAAAUGCCAAUAUUGGAUUUCUCAAAAUUGAGAACAGAGUGUGUGUUGCCCUCUCACGGGCUAGAAAAGGGAUGUAUAUCAUGGGCAACAUGGAGAAUUUGGUUGAGAGUAGUGAGAUAUGGCCCAAAAUCAAAGAGGUGCUCAUUGCUCAGGACUCCAUUGGACAACAUCUUGAGCUCAGAUGCAAGGUUCACCCUGAGCAGAGAAGAAUAGUGUCAAAGGCUGAAGAUUUUGAAGCAGUUCCAGAGGGGGGUUGUGGGCUCCUCUGUGAUACACCUCUGAAUUGUGGACACAACUGUCAGGCAGUAUGUCAUCCCAAGGAUAGAGAACAUAAAGAAUACAAGUGCCGUGCACAGCCGUGUGACAGAGAGUUGUGUGUUCUGGGACACAAGUGUAAAAAACUGUGUUUUGAAGAAUGUGGCCCAUGCAUGACACCAGUGCUGAGAUGUCUACCUUGCGGGCAUGAAAUAGAGCUCGAGUGCCAUAUUGACUAUGAGGAAUAUAAGUGUCAGGUUCUAGUUGAAAAGGAAUUGCCAGCUUGCAAACAUAAGAUAUCACUUCCAUGUUUCAAAGAUCCAGCAGAAUCAAUUUGCAAGAUUCAGUGUUCUGCCAGACUUGAUGACUGUGGACACACAUGCAGACGUAAAUGCCAUGUUGAAGAUGAUCCAGAUCAUUUGGAUUAUAAGUGUUAUCAGCCAUGUCCACGUACAAAUGCAGGCUGUAGCAAGAACCAUGCAUGCACAAAAAUGUGCUAUGAAGAAUGCGGCACAUGUUUAAUGAAGGUGAAGAAGGAAUUGUCAGCUUGUGGACACAAAGUUGAGAUGCCCUGUAGCCAAGACCCAAUAACAUUUUUGUGCGGAAAAAAAUGUGAAAGAAUAAUGGUCUGUGGACAUCCUUGCCGCAGAAUCUGUUCUGCCAUAUGUGGUGGCUGUGCAAAGCUUGUUACAAAGAAGUUUCCUAUAUGUCAGCAUGAGAUAAAACUGAAGUGCUGUGACACACCAACCCCAGACAUGUGCCGACAUGCAUGCGAAAGGCUACUAAAAUGUGGGCAUAACUGCACUUCAGAAUGUGGUCAGACUUGUACCAAACAGUGCAUGGAGAUGGUUAAAAGUAGCAAGAAAGCAGCAUGUGGUCAUGAGGUUAAAGUACCAUGUUACAAACUUACAUCAGGUGUGCCACCAACUGCAGAAGAACUUCUCUCCUACUGCAGUGUACCAUGUGGUGCUGAACUCAAGUGUGAGCAUGUUUGUGCUGGAACGUGCAGCAAAUGUCUGCAAGGUCGCAUUCAUGUACCAUGUGAUAAGGCAUGUGGCAAGACACUGAUUUGUGGACACAGCUGUAACACACCAUGUGCUGUCACAUGUCCUCCAUGCAAUAAGAAGUGCAUGUUACGAUGUUACCAUAACCGGUGCCAGAAGAAAUGCGGCCAGCCAUGCACACCGUGUCAAGAGAAAUGCUUUUGGCGGUGUAAGCAUUAUAGUUGUACAAACCGAUGUUAUCAGCCAUGCAAUCGGCCACCAUGUUAUGCUUCAUGUGAAAAAAUUCUUAAGUGUGGACAUCCCUGUAUUGGGUUUUGUGGGGAAUGGUGCCCUCCAUUGUGCAGAAUAUGUGAUGAGGAGGAGGUAAAAACAGUGGUUUUUGGUUUUGAAGAUGAAGAAGAUGCAAGGUUUGUGUUCCUGGAAGACUGCAAACAUUCAAUAGAAUCCCGUGCUCUUGAAAAGUGGUUGAAAACUGAUGAUGGCCAAAUUAAAAUGUGUGUGUGUCCAUUGUGUAACACUGUAAUAAGAAGAAACAUCCGUUACUCAAAUAUCAUUAAACCACGGUAUGCUGCAGUGUGUGAGGUGAAAGAGAAAGCAUUUGGCAAGCUGAAUUUCAUUGAGCAAAGCAGGAAUCAGCUCAUUGAAAAGUUGAGAGAAGUACCUGGCAAAGUUUCAGGAUUAGAAACAUUGGCAGGAAUAAGGACAAUACACAACAGAGAAACAUUUAUCAACAUUCUGAAUGAAUCUGGUCAUUUCAAAAGAUUAUAUGACAGUAUUCUUAGUGCCCUCAAUUUUCGGACCAAGAAGAACAGGAAGAAUGUACUGAGCAGUGUCGACAUGGAGACCUUGGGAAUUCAAUGUGAAAUUCUAUGUCAGCUGGCAGCAAAGGCCAAAAAGGUAGAGCUCCAUUUGGACAGUCACGUGAAAGUGAAGGUGCAGAAACAGAUAAAUUUGAUACUUCAAGUUGUUGAAUCUCGUGGAAGGUACAUCAGUAGUCAAGAAGCAGAUGACUUGAACUUGGAGGUGCAGCGUUUCCACCGAAUUGCGGACAUGUGUGUCCUGGAGAGUUUACCUACUUUCCAGCAUUGGACUGAAAAAAACAGAGGAAUCUAUGAAAAACACAUUUCAGGACCAUUAAUGUCUAUUGUUAAGUACUCCAUGACCGUGGAUGAUGAUGUGAAAAUAAUGCUGGAAAAGUUCGCUAAGGUACUGAAAGUAAGUGGAAUAAGUCUUGAGGAAAGGAAAGAGAUUGUAAAAGCAAUAGGAAUGAAACAGGGUCAUUGGUACAAAUGUCCAAAUGGUCACAUCUAUGUGAUAACUGAAUGUGGUGGCGCGAUGCAGAUCGGGAAAUGUAAUGAGUGUGGUGCUCGCAUUGGUGGGACUAGUCACAGUCUACUCUCAGACAACAGUUUGGCUCCAGAAAUGGAUGGUGCACAGUUUGCUGCUUGGUCUGAAGCUGCCAAUAUGGCUAACUACCGUCUUAACGCUUUUGAUUGAGAGAGGUUAGUGACCAUGCCAGAAUUGAUGACAUUAGUUGUCAUUAAGGUUACUUUACCCAGGUGUUUUAAUGGAAAACUACCAAAACAUGUAAUGGAACAUACGAUAAUAAAUUAUAGUUGUGUUGAUGGUGGAAUUUGUAUUGAUAGUUAUGCUCAUGCAACAGGAUGCAAACAUUAAAAAUAGCUGUUACUGCCUGGUCAUAGAAGGGAAUUUUGGCUGGUGGGUGACUUCUGUCUGAGAAGACAGGAACUUGUGCAAGAUUCUGAAUGAAGAUUCUAUCUGUGCUCAAAAGAUAUUUUCAGUGAGGCCACUUUACUUGUCUAGUUUUACAGUAGCUGCUGAAAAUGGAGUCCUCCAACAUCCAACUGUAUUCCCAAAGAUAAAGAUCACACACAUUCAAAUUGGGAAAGGGGGAUGUAACAUGAGCAUAGAGACUCCUAGCUUGACAAGAAAGGUACAGUUCAUUUCCAUAAAUCACUGUAUUUUUGUGCCCUUUUAGUUGCAAUAAUUCAUGCCACUUGUGUCCAACCAUACUGAUGCAGUGAAUGAACAAGUUGGUGUUUGGAUUGAGUUUACUUUUUCAAAAUUGUUUCUUGCCAUCACUUCGUAUUCUGUCCUUUACUGUUAAUAUACUAAUUCUUGGUUUGUGCCUUAUUUGUGAAUUGCUAACAUACUGCCAUUAAAGUUAUGUAGAGAGUAUCUCUGAGCUGUUCUUGUAGUAGUUGAGUCGCAAAUAAGGUAUAAUUAUUAUUUCUCAGAAGAAAUUUAAGAAUAAUAGACUGUUAUUUGGCAGUCUGUGGUCAGUUUGUAUUGAAAACUCCCGAAAUGAAAUAUAACUUGUGAGAACUUGUUUCAUUUUGGGUCUUGCCAAUUGUCUGAUUUUCUCCUUUUUUAAAAUUAAUAGUAUUAUGUUUCUAAUGUAUAAUUUGUAAACACUGUAUAAUUGAAUAUAUACUUUAGAAGAACUUCACAGCAUUAUUCUGAACUUCUGAAGAAAAAAAAUGUGUAUUUGUAUUGUACCUAUUGUUAAAAACUGAAAUAGUAGUUUUCAUGGACAGUGGAUGUUGGUAUAAGGCCAUGUAUGUUACAGUUAAGCAUGAGUUGAUAUUUGAAUUAAAAAGUUACUCUUUCAUAAUUUGAAUGAUUAUUGUAUCUGUAAUGUUUGUUCUUGUUAUAAGAAUGUUAUGCGAGAGGUUAAGUGUGAUUAAUGGACUAGUACAUUUGGGCCACUUGCAAGCUGAUUCAGUUAGCUAAAUCUGUAUUUACAUUUUUCAGGUCAUAAUGGAAGCCAUACUCUAAAAUGAGAAUGUCUACAUAUGUGAGCGAUCACUCUGCAGUAUACAAAUAUUUAAUUUAAACCCUGCAUAUGAAGUUACAUAAUUUUACUUUCCAUAAAUUACUUGUCAUACAUAAAUUAUACUUGUUUGCUUCCUGCAUUAACUGUUCAUAAUCCUAAUGUAUUUUGAUUUGUAUUGCUGUUCAUAGAGGAAAACAUUAUAUACUUCACUGAAUAGCUCCAAGGAGACUUCCUUAUUAUGUGAAUCUGACUGGUGAACUGAGCGCAGUAGUGGAUCAGAACUGAAAAGAUUGUUAGUCUUGAAUGAACUUAAUAGUAGUGAAUUGAGAGUGAGUGUUAUUUUUGGUAUUUUUGGUAACAGUUUUUGAUCGUGAUUAUGUAAAGUUUAACUUUCCACCUGACUUAUGGGCCAUAGUUUGUCAACCACUGCAAAAGGUUCAUAUGAACUAAACUUGUGUAGACUGGGUUCGAUGUCGAGCUUUUGCAUACCAAAAUGCUAGUUUUCAUCUAUCUUUUAACAUAUAUAAAUUUUAAAAAAUGAACAAAAUUUAUGUAUUUAGUGUAUAUGUUGGGUUUUGUGGUCAUGUUAUGGACUUUCUUAUUUCAGAGUGCUCAUUUGGGUGAGUCAUUGGGUGCAUAACAGAUUUUGAAUAUGACUGAUAUAGGCAGGAUCUGUUGUUGAGUUCUGUGCUCAUGUUAUGAACCUUCUAGUUCCAGAGUUCUCGUUUCAGACAGUCAUAGGGUACUCGUAAAUUGUGAAGGGCUUUGGGUUCCAAAGUGAUUGUUUUGUUGAACUUUUACAAAGUUUGCAGUUCCAAAAUACCAGUUUGGUUCACCUAUCAGGCACACAUGUCACCUCCUGUAAUCUAAUGAAAACAUUGUGUAAACUUAUUGGUUUUGUGAAUUUUUGUCAGUUUGAAAGCAUGCAUUGUCCAGUAUAUUUGAAAAGAAGUAGAGGGAAUGGUUUGCUUGUUUAAAUUACAGUCUUUUUAUUACCAUUAAGGUAAUGUACUGAUUGCUAUAAGUCACUUCUCCUCUAUUUGCUGGAACAGGCUCUUCUGGACAGGUUAUGCCUCCACAAGGCAAUGCUAGUAAAGAAAACUGGAAUAAUAAUAAUGUUGUGGAUUAUUAUUCUGUCCAUUAUGCUUCUCAUUUUUAAUCUGCUUUUAUAUCUAAUUAUGUUUAUUUUAUUGUAUGCAUGUAUGCCCAAGGCCAGACAUGAUUGUGGUCUCUGAUAAUAGAGGGUAUUUUGAAGUGAGUUCAUUAUGUUUCUCUUUUUUAAUCUGCUUCUAUGUCUAAUUACAUUUCUCUAAUUUUAUGCAUGUAGGUCCAAGGCCAGACUUGACUGUGGUCUCUGAUACUAUAGGAUCUUUUGAAGUGUGUCCCAUUCUGAAACUUGAUUUUGCAAAAAUUUUAGAUGUGUAUGCAAAAAAUAUAGUAGCUUGAUCUUUCCCACAAUAUGGUAUUCUAGUUUAGGGCUACAUCUCUCCACCAUUUUCAGAAUUGUGAUUGAUAUUUUUGGUGGUGUUUAGACUUCACACUUGUAUGUUGCUCUUUGUAUGUGAACACACUUGUAUGUUGCUCAUUGUAUAUGAAAGUGUAUUAUAAUUCUGAAAAUGAGAAUUGCCUGAACUUAACUAGUUAAUGGAUGAAGAUUAAAGAAAAUAAUAACCAGCCAUAUGUGUUCAGCUUGCAGACAUUAUUUAUCCUGACCAGUCCUCUUGGAUCCAUAUUUAUUUGUACAUCAUUCUUCAGUGUUGUAGCAUCGUGUUGCAUGUGAUUCUUCUAUUUAAAUCUGUUUUCAUCAUCUUUACUAUUCUAAAAGUGAUAUUCUGGGCUUGUGGUUUGUUAUUAACCAUUCAGAUUGCCACUAU